ACAGCAGGGGAAAAAAGAGUACCAGGAACAGCAACCUAACUUCUAACCUUAACACAGGCAGACAAAACACAGCAGGGAUUUACCAAACAGUAAGAAACAUUUGUUUACGACAAUAAAUAAAUUAGACUGUUGGGUGACAUUUCAUAACGAAAAGUACAGAAGGUAGCGUAACUCACUAAACAGGUCGAUAUUUUCAUACAAUAAAUGGAUUAUACCAGUAGAGACCCCUUUGUCUAUUGCUGAAGCGGCGUUGCUUGGUCUGAGGAUUAAGGAUAUGUCUAGUUGACUAACUUUAACCAUGCAAACCAAAGUUAAACAGCACUUUUGUAUUUAAAAGAAAGGAUAAAAAAGUUGAGGAACAAUGAUGAAGAGUUUGAGUUAAGAGUCUUAAGUGCUGCUCCAUUGUCCUCUGUUGGACUUAAUAUAGCAUUGCAGUUAACCAAUGGUUCUGUUGCCAUGGAUCACAGUGAUAACACAGAAAUGAUGGGAUACCAAGAUGACUCCACGGAGGAAAGCAAGAUGAACAGAAAUGAUGCUGAAGUAGACAAGUCCCUCUUCCAUGCCUGCAAUAUCUGUGGCAAGAGUUUCCCCUUCCAGAGUUCUUUGUCACAGCACAUGAGAAAACACACAGGAGACAAGCCUUAUAAAUGCCCUUACUGUGACCACAGAGCUUCACAAAAGGGUAACCUUAAAAUCCACAUCCGUUCCCACAAGAUGGGGACUCUGAGCCAUGGUCACAAGGAGGAGGAGGACCUAGGAGAGGGCAAGCUGGAGCCUGGAGUCUCCGACGGCCUGGACAACUGUAAUAGCCCUACCAAAAGCAUGUCAGCUUGCAAUAAGAUAAUGAACAGGGCGACCAAGGAAGAAAACAGCAAGAUCCUGCUUAGGAGCAUCAAAAAAGACAAAACGGGGAGCAGUGAUGGUGGGAAGUCUCCCACGUUUCAGUGUUCAUUCUGCAAGAGGAAGCUCAAUAACAAGGAGGACCUGGAGCAGCACAUCCAGGUCUUGCAUAAGCCCUAUCGGUGCCGGCUGUGCAGCUUUGUGGCACUGAGGGAGGACCAGCUUCUGAGCCACAUUGAGAAGGUCCACAUCACAGUGGAGGCACCGGUCCGGGAUGCAGUUGACAUUGAAGCUGUGAAAAGUGAGCAAGGCACUGGAGAAGGAGACUUUUCCUGUGAAGUUUGUGGCCAGGUAUUCACCCAGGCUUGGUUCUUGAAGGCACACAUGAAGAAGCAUGGCGGCACCUUUGACCAUGGCUGCCACAUCUGCGGCCGCCGCUUCAGGGAGCCCUGGUUCCUUAAGAACCACAUGAAGUCCCAUGGCACAAAGACUGGGUGCAAAAGCAAGCCGAAGAGUGAUUCUGAGCCUUUGGCCACAAUUAACGAUGUGGUUCAAGAGGAGACAGCAGUGAUGAACGGGCUGUGCCUCUAUGAACUCUGCCCCAAGUGUGGAAACAUCUUCCACAACAGGGAGAGCCUCAGGCAGCAUGAUAAGGUUCAUACCCAAGCUAGCAAAAACUGCACAGAAGAUGGAGCAGCUAUUGAUUGCACAGCAGAGAAAAAUAACUUUUUCAUUGAGUGCCUGAAUCUUAGACCAGCCGGGACCCUAGAAAACAUCAACGGCGGAAAGCUCGGGAAGAGAAUAGCAGAGCUUGAUCCAGUAAGCAGCUACCAAGCCUGGCAGCUUGCCACCAAGGGCAAAGUGGCUGAGGUUUCAGAUUAUGCAAAGUACAUUGGGUGGGAUGAAACCCUUGCCGAAGCAGACGUGGCAUAUGACAGAGAGAAAGAGGAAUACAUCCUUAUAGGCCAAGAAAAGCGAAAACGAGAGCCAGACUCUCACACCACAGGCAGUGGCAAGCGACGAAACAGCACCAAUGUCAUCAGCAACAGCAGCAGUGGUAGCAGCUACCAACAGCGAGCUGAAAAGUACAACAACCUUUCCCCAGGGGACCUGAGCCCAGAGAGGCACCGCGACUCUGACUACAGGCCCUCAUCUCGUCAGAGCCGGAGGUCUUCCCAAAACAAGAACACAGAGUGCUUUGAGUGUGGCAAGGUGUUCCGCACCUACCACCAGAUGGUGCUGCACUCCCGGGUGCACCGCAGGGAGACGAGGAGCAGCAGUGAAAGCAACAGGGUCUCCAGGGAGGACCGGUGUGGCUUGACCAGUGAAGGGGAGUCAGGCUCUACCAGCCGACCCAGCACCCCAGGGUCAGCCUCUGUAGCUGAGGAUUCCCCCACCUCUGCCAUGGCAGAAAAUGUGGCAGAGGAUAGCUCGGAGGAAGGUUUGCUAUUAACUCCAGAUGAAAAGCCAAAUAUGUGCAGCAACUGUGAUUAUGCAACUACCAGUUCCUUCUUGUUGAUGUCACACAUGAAAGACCAUCACACGGGAGACCAGGAUGUUGCCUGUAAGUCCAGAGAUGCCAACCAUAUGUCCUUGGCUGAAUUACAAACACAUAGUGGCGACUCCAUACCAAGGAACAAUGUCAAGGGGAACAUAGUAAAGAGUGGAGAAUACCGAAGUUAUCUGGAACUACAAACAGCUAUAAUGCAACAGAACUUAAAACUCACAGAUUCUUUUAAACGCCUUGAAAAUACAAUAUCUCCCAGUAUGGAACAGGCCGUAUCCAGCAGCAUUGUCAACCUUAGUAUAUCAGCAGAAACACAGACUAAAGGUAUGUUGUCAGACAGUGAGAAAGAAAGGGUAUUACAAGAAAAUGAUGCACGGGACAAAUUGGCAAUUGACACCAUCCCCUUAGAUCUAACAUCUAAGUCAAACAAAAGUGACUUUGUGAUGAAGGAUUUACCUACCUCACCCACAGAGAAUGCUUUGAUAAGGCACCAGUGCCCGUACUGUUCUCACACAACCCAUUACCCUGAGGUUCUGUGGAUGCACGAAAGAAUUGCACAUAAGGUUAGCUGCAACGCAGCUGCGCCCAAGUGGGUUCAGAGAAACGGAUUUAAAGGACCUAAAAAAGAUUUAGGUUUCUCAAGCCGAAGGAGCAGCACAGGGCCUCCCUUAGUAUUGGAAGGCAAAGACUGCCAGCCUCUUCCAGUCACCAGAAGCGCCCGCACCCAGGCACCACCACAGAGCAGCUUGCAAGCACCGAAGUCAAACGCCACCACUUACAGCUCCAAUUUACCCAGUACUUCCCAGGCAAGGGACACAGCAGCUAGAGCAGCUCCCACAGACUCAGGCCUACAUAACACAAAGCAACCCAAACUUAACUACCACAAGGGGCAGCAUGGAGUACUAACAGAGCAGUCGCACGGGAGGCCCAAAAUGGAAAUGAAUCUCAAAGUAGCACCAGCUGGAACCAUUGAAAAAAACUUUAUGGCUUCGCAGCGGCCACUGGCGACAUUCGGAGACAGACCGGACAAAUGCUUGUUUUCUCGGGAAGAUUUAGGCUUUUCUGCCAAGCACGGCCUCUCUGAGCACAAGGUCAAAGCAAACUCCUCGCAACCCCUUUCCUAUCACUCACCAGUGAAAGGCAGGCAGGAAACUCCCCCAGCGCAUGCUCAGAGGGAAUCUAUCAAUGAUCCUCGCUCAGUAGGAAGGAACAGCAUGGGAGGGAGGGUGAACAGCAGCUCACACAGCUCUGGUUCCACAGGGUGGCCCCCUUCCCUACAAGUACACUUAAAACAGGAGCCUCUGCCAGAGGGACCCGAGACACACUUGGAUAUCUUAAGCUUCUUAAAGACCUGCAACACACAGGACUUAACUACCCUCUACCACCGCUGGGGCUCCAACAACCCCAUGCUAGAUCAGACAGGGAUGCUGAGGUCACAAGUACGACAAGGAGACUAUGUCUGCACAGAAUGCGGGAAAAGCUUCAGUCAGACUAGCCACCUCCGGACCCACAUGAGAUCCCACACAGGGGAGAGACCAUUCCAGUGCAGAUAUUGCCCUUACAGCGCCUCUCAGAAGGGGAACCUAAAAACCCAUGUACAGUGUGUGCACCACGUACCUUUUGACAACACUCAGUACCCAGACAAGAGAUUUAGACAACCCGGAAUUAUUGAUCUUAACCAACCUUUGGACGAACAGAUGGAAGAUGUCCUAAAAGAUCACAAACUGUCAGAAACAACUGUCCUGGAUUAAGGAUAUUAAUUUAAAGAAAAAGAAGGGUAGGAAAAGCAAUAUGUCUACACUGAACUUAUGAAGAUAUUGAAAAGGACUUUAUUGAUGCAACACAUUUUGUUAGAUUGAAGAUUUGAUAUGAGAUUUGGUUUGAUAAUGGGUGUACAGCAUAUACAGUAUAUGUGUGUGUAUAUUCAGUAUAAAUAUAAUGGACACUGUGAAAUAGAGCACAGUAUUCUUUUAUGAUUUUCUGUUGUGUUUUGCUAGAUGCAAAGCGGCUACGUUACUGUUUUUGUUUAUAGGUUAUAAAUUCCAUACAGAGGUGCAUGUUACAAAUUAUACUUACUGUACUAAAAAGGCAACUAUUUACAGGCUGCUGCGGAUCACAAGUUUACAUGAACAACUGUGAAACAAUGGCCACUGCUUACUUUGAAUCUAAACAAACUUGAAAACCAUUGGGUUGGGGAACCCUAUCAAGAACUUCUACAGUGCUUGAGCAACACGCUUAUUAGAACUCACUGCGCUCCACAAGAUGUUUUAACCCUUAGAUGCUGCGUCAAAAAAGAACAUUUAAAACAGCAAAUCAAAAUGCAAGAUGUUGGGUAAAGUGUUUUGGAAUGUCUGUAGAACACAACAGAAGGACAUUUCUGUUCUAUCCUCAGGACUUGCAUAUUACACGGCUAGAUUCCAAAUCCUCCAUUCACAAAGACUGUAUGGUGGUACCACUUUAACAAAUAAAGGAUAAUUACUAAAAUGUUCAAUAAUAUGAAGGGUGUACCGCACUACAGGAACCAUAAACACAGCAACAUCGCUAUUAAGUGUGUGAGGAACAGGUUCAAAAGUCUAGCAAUGGGCAGAUACCAAGAAAAUGUUCAGGAUGCCCUCAACAGACUGCUCACAUCAUUAAAGUGUGUUGACUUAAAGAUCAACCAUUUUUUUCAGUUUCCUUAACAUUCACUUGGUUCUUUAAUAAAAAAAAUCAUAUACCUCUUCUGCAAUAAAAGCUUUAUGAGUUUAUGACACAUUAGGACAAGAAGCCAUUCUAUAUAUGCAAUUAGAAAGCUAGUUUUAGUACAUUUAUUGUCUUCUUUUAUUGUGACACUAUACUGAGUGUAACCGACUAAUAUCUUUACAGUUUCAAAAUUUUGCACAUGCGAUAAUGAGUUUAUUUCUUUAGUGAAAGUUACCGUUGCCUUGAGAGUUUGUGCGAAAAUGAAGAUUUUUGUAAGUGUUGCUAGAAGUUUUUUUUAUUAUUAUUUACUCUAACAUUUUGUAAAGACAGAAGCAAAACUAGAAACUCCUAGCAUGCAUAUAUAUAUAUAUAUAUAUAUAUAUAUAUAUAUAUAUAUAUAUAUAUAUAUAAAACCAAAAAAAAAAUGGUAAUUGGCUUGUAACACAAAGAUUUAUAUGACAUAACAAGUACUAUAAUGUGAUUUUGCUAUUGUACUAAUGCUGAUUAAAAAAAAAAUCAUUUAGGUUUCCUCUAGUUUCUCUGCUUGAUUUACUUGAAGUGUUCUUACUAGAUGGUAACAACAGUGGCAAUGGUAAUGUGAUUUGAACUGUUACUUUUUAAUGAAAAUCUGUUAUCAAAAUGAAUUCAUUUGUAACCCAGUUGCAUUAGGAUAUACUUUUUUUGCUUUUUUGGGACGGGCAGGUCUGUAUUCUUUUUUAAUGAAAAAUGCCUACCCACAAUUCAGAUUGCAAACUUUUUAAAUAUAAUUUAGGGGUUAGGAUUCAACUUUUAUUCCAUUAUUAUGUAUUUUAAAAAUGUUUUUGGUCAGUCAGUUAAAACAUUUAAAAUGCUGGUAGAUUGGUCUAGGUGUGCUAUGGAUUCAUCUUUUACUUUCGUCUACUGAGAGAACCAACUAUUCACCACUGUUCUUGAAUUGCUGAUUCACUAAAAAUAGGUUUUUGGCAAAUAUGUGAUAGCAGCAGAAAUUCAGCAUUUGCUUUAAACUGAUCAUAACACAAGAAAUGGCUCUUCAAAACCAUUUCUCCUUUAGUACAGUACAUCCAAGAGCCAGGUACGGGGUUCACACAAAGCUGAUCAUUUUUAGUACCAGUGUAAACCAGAACAUUGUAGCAAUCAAUAAAAGAUCACUCUAUGGUGCUGGCCAUAACGUUUUUAGAACUUCCUGGAAUCAAGCCACUUGUGAAAGCCAUCAGUCUGUAAUUUAAUAUAGAACAUCACAAAAAAAACUGCUAUUUGAUUGAUGAAACUAUAGUGGGAACAAAAUAAAAAGAUAAAAGUCUAAUAUUGGUUUAUUUAGCAGACGCCUUUAUCCAAGGUGACUUACAGAGACUAGGGAGUGUGAACUAUGCAUCAGCUGCAGAGUCACUUACAACUACGUCUCACCCGAAAGACGGAGCACAAGGAGGUUAAGUGACUUGCUUAGGGUCACAAAUGAGUCAGUGGCUGAGGUGGGAUUUGAACCGGGGACCUCCUGGUUACAAGCCCUUUUUUUAAACCACUGGACCACACAGCCUCCUUAACAGAAAGGGGCCACCCGCUCCCUUUUUGGAUUUUUGAAAUCCUGAUGUUUGUUUAUCAGCAGUACUGUGGAUUUUAUUGUAGUUAAGAUAAAUAGGAAAUAGUAUUUCAUUUUUUUGUUAUGUUAUUUAUUUUCAGUCUGUACUUAUCAACUUUUAAAAUAAACCUUUAUUAUUUAGCAACCAUCCACUGACUGUUACCAAUGAGAAAUUCUCUACCUCUGCAGAUCUGUUGUUUCUUACUUUACAGUUGGUUUGUACAUUGUUCAAGUUAUAAUUGUUACGGUAGUUCUACAUUAAAGAGUUCAAUAAUCAGCUUGUAUUUUACUGAGCACAAUUGAUAUGAUUUCAUUGUUUUUGCUCAACAAAUGCUUAUACAGGGGGGUUCCCGAGUGGCUCACAACCAUGUCGUUCAUGUGCCAGGUGAGUCAUACAGUCAGUCAGAGGAGCACCAUUCACAUCCAGGCUGUGCGAAGUUACCGUUUUUUGUUUUUUGGUGA